UCUUCAAGUGAUGGACACGGGUAAGAGAAAAAAGAGAAUGGGAAAUCACGGGUAAGAAGUAGAAAUAAGGAAGAACAAAAGGAGAAGAGAGCAAAUAAAACAAAAAUUUGUAAAUGAAAAAGAAGCCAUUAAUAGAUAAGAGAAGAGCUGGAUUACAUUUAUGGGGAUAAUCUAAUUUUUCCACACACGAAAACCACAUGUUAAAGAAAACAACAGUGAAAAAAAAGGGUGGUUUUGAACAUUUCUCCGACUUGCUGUAGCUCAGUCCCAAAAACAUCUCAUAUGCUUUACCCUCUCUCUAAAAGACUCUUGGCCUGACAUCCGUCUUUUCUAUUUCUGUCCUGAUUCAGUUUGUUUAGUGAUAGUUACAUCUUUAGCUGGGUGCCAUGUGAGAGGUGUUCUACUCGUGCUACUUGGCCAGGUUGAGAUCUAUUGACGGCCAACAUGGAGGAUGAGAAUGGCCUUGAGCUUAGCCUUGGUCUAGGUUGUGGAGGAUCAUCUGCAAAAUCCAAGGGUAAAAAUGGAUCCUCUUCGGAUAUGAGGUUGGACGAAGGUGAUAGAGGCAACAAGAAGGUAGAUGAUUUCAAAAACUUGCUUCAUGCUUCUUCCCAGAAGCAGGAUUCAAGUCUCGGGUCUCAAAUAAGUGAUUCAGUGAAACCUCAAGAGAACUUCUUUAAUGACUUGUCCAAAGCAAAUAUAGAUGCAGAUGCUUCUGUAAAUUUGAAAAAUAGGGGACUGUGGGUUUCAGGCAGCAACAGACCUGCUGAAAUUGAAGAAGAAAAGAGGCCAGAGGCUGGUAACAAACGUAAAAUGUUGUUUGAUGAUAUAAAUAAUCAGAAGAAGCAAGAGAGAGAUGCUCAUCAUUCUGAUGUACAUGACAAAAAAGCUUCACAUAUUUCCAUAACAACAGAAGAUGGCUCUACUGCUGAAAAUGAGGAUGUGGCAGAGUCUGAAGUAGAGGGUUCAACAUCACGGUUGCUCUCUCAUCAUGAUGUUGGCUCCAAGCGUUUUAUUGGAGUUGGUGCUCCUUCCGAGGUUCCAAAGGAGGUCCGCGGGUUUUCAGAUUCUGGUGUCAUUGACUUACAAGGGCAAAAAAGGCCUAAUGGUUCAUCAGAAACUGAAAUUAAGCAUGGGAACUUGAAUUAUGGAGUUCCAUUUUCUGUCCGACCAGUAAACAUCAUGAAUUUUCCAUACUCGUUUCCUAUCAAAGAAUCUAACUGUAUUGGUAUUCCCAACACUUCAGGCCCGCCUUUAUCGGGAAUGAUGCAGGUGGUGCCUACUUCAAAUGGUGAGCAUCAAACAGGCACCCAGUCUGCAAGUCCUGGAAAUUUGCCAGUAACAUUUGGCUAUUCACCUGUCCAGCUUCCAACAUUGGAUAAGGAUAAUUCAUGGAGCUUGGUCUCUCAUCUUCAACAGUUCCACCCUUCCUAUGCUGGUAGAGGUCCAUCAAACUCAGAUAAGCCAAAUGAAGGAUUGAAGACUGUUCCAGGCAUGCAAGUAAUUCCUCGAAGUGCAUCUGAAGCUACUUUAUAUGAUGGGAGGGUGUUAGAACGAGUUAAAGGUGAAGGCAAACAGCACAUUACAGAAGAAGGCUCCUCUUCUCAGACUGAAGAAGAUGUAAAGGGAAGCAGCAUGACCCUUAGGGCAAAAGAUUCAACAGCAGAAGGUUUCUCUUUUGAUUUUUCUGCCAUAAAGCCAGGUAUUGCAUCAGACUUGAAAUUUGGGGGUUGUGGUUCCUAUCCAAAUUUACCAUGGGUUUCAACCACAGGUUCUGGCCCAAACGGCAGAACAAUUUCUGGUGUAACGUAUAGAUACAGUGCAAAUCAAAUAAGAAUCGUGUGUGCUUGCCACGGUUCCCAUAUGUCCCCUGAGGAAUUUGUUAGGCAUGCUAAUGAAGAGAAUGCUAAUGCAGAAAAUGGCAGUGGUUUAGCCUCAUUUCCAAGCACUAACCCUGCUGCCUCCGCUCAGAGCUAAAAGUUGCCAUCUUUUUCUGUCAGGAGCCGUAAAUAUCGACAUAUGGUGAAGUGAAACCAGACAUAUGUAACAUCCCCUCAGUUUUUGUUGUUAUGUGUGCUUUGCUAUGCCACGUUGCUGGAUCAAAUGUUGCAGGUGUAUGUAAUAAUGUCUAAGCAUCAAUAAAUUUGUUUCAUAUUAAUGUCAAAGCAGUUCGAUCUAUAAUUCGACCAUCCCUUUUCUUUCAAA